CGUGAUUAAGUAGCCACAUCCUAAGUUUAAGAGGCGGAGAAUACUUAUAGCAGAGGUUCUUCGGUCACGAUCAACUGCUAUAAGUGUAUAAUAUGAGCCGAGUUUUCCUGUUCACAUCUCGUCUCCAUUGUGCGUUCUCUAGUCAUUGUUUUAAAACGUGCAAACUUAAUGUAGUUUGGGAGAUAUUAAUAACUGAUAAACUUGCAGAGCUGCCAGAAAUAUUAGAGAUUGGUAACAUUGGAAGUUAUUUUUAGAUUUACAAAAUCCUUACACAGAGUGCAGAUAUAUUACCAUCUUCCUUUCAAAAUGAUACCAUGAUACAAAACAUAUUUUUCUAAGCAACAGUCAUCAUGGCCACAGAGAUCGGAUCCCCGCCACGGUUUUUCCAUAUGCCAAAGUUUCAGCACCAGGCCCCUCGGCAAUUAUUCUAUAAGAGACCAGAUUUUGCUCAGCAGCAAGCAAUGCAGCAACUUACUUUUGAUGGAAAGCGUAUGAGAAAAGCAGUGAACCGAAAAACAAUAGACUAUAAUCCUUCUGUUAUCAAAUAUUUAGAGAAUAGAGUAUGGCAAAGAGACCAACAGGAUAUGCGGGCAAUUCAACCUGAUGGAGGAUAUUAUAAUGAUCUGGUGCCCCCUAUAGGAAUGUUGAACAACCCUAUGAAUGCUGUAACAACAAAAUUUGUUAGGACUUCUACCAAUAAAGUAAAAUGUCCAGUUUUUGUUGUUAGAUGGACACCUGAAGGAAGACGCUUGGUCACUGGGGCUUCUAGUGGAGAAUUCACUUUAUGGAACGGUCUUACCUUCAAUUUUGAAACAAUAUUACAGGCUCAUGACAGUCCAGUAAGGGCUAUGACAUGGUCACACAAUGAUAUGUGGAUGUUGACAGCAGACCAUGGGGGAUAUGUGAAGUAUUGGCAGUCCAACAUGAACAACGUCAAGAUGUUCCAGGCACAUAAGGAGGCGAUUAGAGAGGCCAGUUUCUCACCUACGGAUAAUAAAUUUGCUACAUGCUCUGAUGACGGCACUGUUAGAAUCUGGGACUUUCUCCGUUGCCAUGAGGAGAGAAUUCUUCGAGGUCAUGGUGCUGAUGUCAAAUGUGUUGACUGGCAUCCAACCAAGGGGUUGGUGGUUUCUGGAAGUAAAGAUAGCCAGCAGCCAAUCAAAUUCUGGGAUCCAAAGACUGGCCAAAGCUUGGCUACACUACACGCUCAUAAAAACACUGUGAUGGAGGUCAAGCUGAAUCUCAAUGGCAAUUGGCUGCUUACGGCGUCUCGUGAUCAUCUUUGCAAACUUUUUGAUAUCAGAAAUCUGAAAGAAGAACUACAGGUCUUCAGAGGUCAUAAGAAGGAGGCCACAGCUGUGGCUUGGCAUCCUGUUCAUGAAGGUCUUUUUGCCAGUGGAGGAUCCGAUGGUUCUUUGCUAUUCUGGCAUGUUGGGGUUGAAAAGGAAGUGGGUGGUAUGGAAAUAGCCCAUGAAGGAAUGAUUUGGAGCUUGGCUUGGCAUCCGCUAGGACACAUUCUGUGUUCAGGAUCAAAUGAUCACACCAGCAAAUUCUGGACCCGGAAUCGACCUGGAGAUAAAAUGCGAGACCGAUAUAACUUGAACUUACUUCCAGGAAUGUCAGAAGAUGGAGUAGAAUAUGAUGACCUAGAACCCAAUAGCCUUGCAGUGAUUCCAGGGAUGGGAAUUCCUGAACAAUUGAAAUUAGCCAUGGAACAAGAACAGAUGGGGAAAGAUGAGACAAGUGAAAUUGAAAUGACUAUCCCAGGAUUGGACUGGGGUAUGGAAGAGGUAAUGCAAAAGGACCAAAAGAAAGUACCACAAAAAAAAGUCCCCUAUGCAAAACCAAUCCCUGCCCAGUUUCAACAGGCUUGGAUGCAGAAUAAAGUUCCAAUCCCUUCACCAGCUGAGCCUCUGAAUGAUCGAAAGGAAGAUCUUAAAUUAGAGGAGAAAAAGAAGACACAAGCAGAGAUAGAGCAAGAAAUGGCAGCACUUCAGUACACUAAUCCACAGCUUCUAGAGCAACUGAAGAUUGAGAGACUUGCACAGAAGCAAGCAGAACAGAGUCAGCAGCAACCACCUCCGGGAGGACCUGUUCACGGACCCCAGCAUUUUCCAGGACAAGGUCCAAUGUCUCAGGUGCCGCAAGGAUUUCAACAAGCCCAUCCACCUCAGCAGAUGCCAAUGAAUAUGCCUCAGAUUGGACCACCAGGGCCACAGGGACAGUUCAGGCCUCCAGGACCUCAAGGACAAAUGGGACCUCAAGGUCUUUCUUUACACCAAGGAGGUGGUGGACCACAAGGGUUUGUUGGUCCUCAAGGACCACCACAAGGACUUCCAAGACCUCAAGAACUUCAUGGACAUCAAGGAAUGCAGAGACAUCCUGGUCCUCAUGGGCCAAUGGGCCCUCCAGGCCCACCAGGUAGUACUGGACCUCAGGGUCACUUAGGCCCACAAGGACCACCUGGGCCUCAAGGUCACUUAGGUCAACAAGUUCCACCUGCACCACAAGGCCAUUUAGGUCCUCAGGGGCCACCUGGUGGUCAGGGACCACCUGGCCCAAGGGGGAUACAAGGGCCUCAUGGAGUACAGGGAGCUCAAGGGAUGCAGGGCCCUGUGUCCCAAGGACCUUUGAUGGGACUUAAUCCAAGAGGCAUGCAAGGUCCUCCAGGACGAGAGACCCAGGGUCCUGGUCCCCAGGGGAUGAUGAUGGGUCAUCCACCACAAGAAAUUAGAGGACCUCAUGGUUUGUUGGGGCAUGGCCCCCAGGAGCUCAGAGGUCCUCCACCUCAGGGUUCAAUGAUGGGACCUCCACAGGAAUUGCGUGGGCCACCAGGUACACAAGGACAACAAGGACCUCCACAAGCUAAUAUGGUAGCACCUCAAGGAAAUAUGCAAGGGCCACCUGGGCCUCAAGGACAACAGAAUCCUUCAAGGGGGCCCCAUCCUUCCCAGGGUCCUCCACCUUUCCAGCAACAGAAAACUCCUUUACUUGGUGAUGGUCCUCGAGCCCCGUUUGGUCAGGAAGGACAGAAUCCUGGUCCUCCACCAUUGAUACCAGGAUUGGGACAGCAUGGAGGACCAGGUCGUCAUGGCCCUCACAACCAAGGACCUGUUUCUAGUAAAGGUGAUUCGCGUGGUCCACCAAACCAUCAAGUUGGCCCACUCUCAGAAAGGAGACAUGACCAGAAUAGUGGUGGCCCAGAUCACGGUCCUGAAAGAGGUCCCUUUCGAGGUGGUCAAGAAUGGAAUGAUGGUAGAGACAAUAGGGGUAUGCAAGACAGAAGGGCACCUCAUUCAGAUUUCCAUGAUGAUUUUGAUCGAACAGAUGAAUUUCGUGAAGACUUUCAUCCAGACAAGCGAUUUGGGCACCGUUUACGUGAAUUUGAAGGAAGAGGAGGUCCACCUCAAGAAGAGAAAUGGAGAAGAAGUGGUCCAGGCCCUCCUUUCCUUCCUGAUCACAGGGAAUUCAAUGAAGGAGAUAGUAGGGGUCCAAACCGUGGACCUCCUGGGUCAUGGGAUGGACGGAGAACUUCAGAUGAGCGAUUCUCUCAUGAGCCAGAGGAAACACGAUAUCGAGGAAGAAGAGAUGAAAACUUUAGGAGAGGUACACCCUCAAGACAUGAAGGCCGAGGACCAAGAGGAAGAGAUAGUUUUUCUGGACCUGAUGAUUUUGUGCCAGAAGAAAAUUUUGAUUCAUCAGAGGAAAAUGCAAGGGGAAGAGAUCACAGUGGUCGGGGAAGAGGUCGGGGUACCCCAAGAGGAGGACGAAAAGGUCUUCUUCCUACUCCAGAUGAAUUUCCUCACUUUGAAGGCCGAAUGGAUGGAAAUCGAGAACCAGGUCCCCGCCAAGAUCAUCCUUCUCAUGAUGGACAUUCUCCUGCAAAUCGAGAACGUUCAUCUUCACUGCAAGGAAUGGAUAUGGCCUCACUACCACCCCGCAAACGACCUUGGCAUGAUGGACCAGGAACCUCUGACCACAGAGAAAUGGAAAUGCAAGCUGGGCAUCCAGAGGAGAGAGGAAAAGGACGUGUAAAAUCAGGACUUUCACAGAGAAUGUCCAAGUCUGGGAGAUCCAGUUCUUUGGAUGGAGAGCAUCAUGAUGGAUAUCAUAGAGAAGAAUUUGGAGCACCUCCAGGAAACAACCCUUCUAGAGGAGGAAGAAGUGGGAGUAAUUGGGGAAGAGGAAAUAAUAUGAACUCAAGCCAGUCAAGGCGAGGAGGUUCUAGAGGUGGAGGAAGGGGUCGAUAGAAGAGGUCAUGACUGGGAAAAACCAGUCUUUCCACUUGUUGCAGAAUCAUUGCAAAAAUAAUUCUGCAAUCCUACAAACAUGGACUCUAGAUGGAGAUAAGUGAUUGUUCAUUAGUUCCUAAGGUCUUUUCCAACAUUAAAUACCAGCUAAUAAUACCAUCACAACAACCUUUGUUUCAUUUCCACACCAUCCCAAUCCCUUGUCAUACCUGUAUUUCUUAAAUUGAUAUCUGAAGAUAAAGCUGGGUUUUUUGUUUUUGUUUUUCCUUUUAGUGAUGUGAGACAUGGAGCACAUCCAGAUUUCAAUUCAUGUCAAGAACUUGUUUCUAUAUGUACAGUUGUCAGGAAAAGUUAAGUUGUUUUUGUAUGAAUACAGAAUGCAAUUUGUCCAAAAAUUAACAAGAGUGUGUGAUUUUUCUAUACACGUUUUCACAUAUCAUAGAGGAACCAUCUCCUAAAAUUUAUAUGGACAUUUUCUGUGUUGGAUACAUGCACUGCCACAGAACUAGCUAUCACAGCUACUUACACAAAGUUUUAAAGCCUCACAAGUUCAGUUAGCAUGUUAUAAAAAUAUGUAAAUGAAAAUCACUUUUGCUGAUUCCUACAAAUAUCUUUCCUUUCAGUAACCAAAAUGAGCAGAAGAAUUUCAUAUAUAGAUUCCCUAAGUAAUCCUUGGUCCAUAGAGUGAGAUAUUUGUAUAUGAUACAAUAAGGACAUAUAGCUAAAACAUAUGAAUGUUGUUCUGUGAUCUGAUGAUUAGUGAUCAAUUCUGAUUUAUUCAGAAAAAUAUCCCAGUUUCUGCCAUCUGACUACUUUGAAAUGCAAUAGGGGUAGCUAACCCCAAUGAAAACCAUUGAAGAAUCUGAAUGGACUUCUAAAUUAAAGUCUUGAAUUUGUUGUUUCUGAAGCCAUAAUUUAACCAAACCAUUUAACAUUAUUUUUUAAAAUGUUUAGAUGAACAUAGCUUCAGAAAUGCCAAGAAAGAAUACCUAAUUUUAGUCUGAAUAUCUAGACAUAACCUAAAAAACCUUUACAUAUUUUCCCUAUUUUCUUUAAAGGUGUAAGUACAGUUUCUUUCCAUUAUAGUACUGUAUCUGUUUUACACUUAUUUUACAAUAAAAUGUCCUCAGUUGA